ACAUGCCAUUUAGUUCACUGUUCAUGUCAAAUUCCCCUGGAUCCUAAAAAAAAUAAUUUGCUUCUUUUCAGGUUUAAAAAGCUCAUAAACAUUUGAAUUAAAACUUUUUUUAUUAAUAAAAAGAUUAAUUCCAAUUUAAGUUAUGUUUCUUACUAACGUUUUAUUUAAAAAGGCGAAGAGCAAAUAUAUAAUGGUAAUAAUUGAGAGUGCUGUUUCUGGACACCAAAAGACGAGGAUACGAGAUCGUCUUGCUGAUAAGAUGGAGUCUAUAGAGUUCGAUCCAUAUAUUCAACAAGAAAGUUUGUAUAAAGAAUGCAAGAAAAUCCGAAGUAUGAAGUCCACUUGGAAACCGACAGUCUAUAAACAAAUUUAAUUUAAAGCAAUAUUUAGCAUUCUGUUAGUGUUUUCAAAUUUAAUAUUGAAAUGUAAAACUUUUUACUUUUCCUGAACUUUAUGCCAAAGAGCUUGUUAUAAAAUUGUGUUUUUUAUUUGAUGCCCAAAGAAGUUGUAAAAACUUAUUAAGGCCAAGUAAGAAAUCAUUUCAUGUUGUAGUUCCACACUGAAGUAAUUUAAAGAUUAUGUGUGUCAUAUUGACACUUGAAAGACAAACGUGACUAAGCGACAAUGUGUGAACUUUACAGUAGACUAAUUUAAAGUUGAAAUAUCUGAAAAAAAAUCUAUUUUAACAAAUCUAGCUGUAGGAUUGAAAUGAUUUUAAUAUUUAUUAGAAUUUUAAUAGACCUAGAAAUAUAUAUUUUUUGCACAUCAAAUAUGGUUAUUGCCUAUUAUUUAUGUAUAAAGCAGUUAUUGUUGCUUAGUCACGUUUGCCUUUCAAGCGUCUAUAUGUUUGUAUAAUAUGUAUUGUAAUAGUUGAAGCAUAUUUUAAUACUAAAAAUUCUUAAAUUAAUUUUAAUACAAAAAAAAUUCUACAUUUAGUCCAUUCUGAACAUUAGUGGUACUGAGAAUCAGACAAGCUUGUUUUAUUUAUUAUAAAUACACAGAGCUAUAUAUAGUACUUUUACAGAAAGAAGAUGGAUACAAGGAUUCAAUUUUAAAUUUGAAAUUUCUGAAAAUUAUGUUAAACUAGUGUUAAGUAGUUUUAUUGUAAAAUUAACAUACUCUGUAGUGUGUAAAUAAAUUGUUGAUAAUA